UUCUUUCUGCCUCGGUCGUUGAAUCCAAACUUCCCCCAACAAAAUACACCAAACUUUACUUAAAACCCUUCCUUCUCCCUCUUCUUUCACAUCCUCUCUGUCCCACACAACAAUAAAUACUCCAUAGUUUCUAUACACUACGAAAAAUCCACACAUUCGAAAAUCACUCUCUCUCUAUAUAUACUCCAACUUAGUUUUCUUCCAACAACACAUCUUCUUCUCAAUUCUCAUUCCAUAGCUACAUACACACACACACACACGUUCAUGGCUUCCUCAACAAAGAACCUAGCAGAUUCAGCGUCAUGGUGUUGUGCCUUGGCGCUUUUGUGUCUGAUUCUACUGGGGUCUAUAAGGGAGAGCCGUGUGCCGGAGGAGGAGGAGGAGGGCGCGGCGGUGAAAGGGCGGAGCAACCUCUUUGAACGGCCGUGUGAUGAGAUAUAUGUGGUGGGAGAAGGAGAGACCCUACACACCAUUAGUGACAAGUGUGGUGACCCUUUUAUUGUUGAAAGCAACCCUCAUAUUCAUGACCCUGAUGAUGUUUUCCCUGGCCUUGUCAUCAAAAUCACCCCCACUAAUAACAAAUUGCUCAAGAGGUAGAUAUAGUUUUCUUGUGUAUUUCAUCAUGUAUAUUGUAUAGUAUAUCAUACAGGAGGGAAAUAUAUAUAUACAUGAAGCUUUUUUUUUUUUUUUUACAAUUUUAUAGAAGUUGAAAGCAACAGUGAUAAGCACUUUCUGUUUGGUUUUCUGAACAAAACAAUAUAGUCAUGAUCGUCAUCUUUUCUCGUUCUUCGGUUCUUUCUUUGUUGAUGUUUGUUUGGUUUCUUUCUCGAUGAAUAAUAGAGAGUGUUUUUUCGGUUA